AUGCAGGCAGACGGCAUUCUAGCAGGCCUUUCGGAAAUACCUGCGCAUGUCCUCCACGCGGAAUUGCUCCGAAGACAGCAGGACAACGAUGAGCGACCAGAAUGCGGAAGCAAAGGGGCAAAGGGCUACUACAACACACCCAUACAUGUCUUCGCCUUGUUUUUAAUACUUACACUUAGCACUGCGGCUUGCUCCUUCCCCGUGGUCGUCAAGCGCUUUCCUUCGAUACCCGUUCCCCACCAGUUCCUCUUCAUAUCUAGACACUUCGGCACGGGUGUCCUGAUCGCGACUGCCUUCGUCCAUCUCCUGCCUACCGCCUUCGAGUCCCUCACCGACCCAUGUCUACCCCCGUUCUGGAACAAGGGCUACUCGGCCAUGCCGGGCUUAAUAGCCAUGACAUCAGUCUUUGUAGUAGUGGGCGUGGAGAUGUUCUUCGCAUCGAGGGGAGCAGGCCAUUCGCAUUCGACUGGCUACGAAAACCUAGGCCUUGACGAUCACGCUGCGGCUGCGCGCCCGGGCCACAAGAGAAGCCAUAGCUAUGGGAGGUUCAGCAACGGCACACCAGGAGCGAAUGGCCACAUACCGGGCAUCAUGCUGCACGAUGUGGAAUCUUCGGCCAAUCUCAUGGCAGGCCGAUCACCGUCCUUCUCUCUGGCAUCGCCGAUGACGCCUAAUGAUUCGAUAAGCCGGAAGUCCAUUGACGACGACAAUGACUCAGAUCUUGAGAUAAGCAGGGAAGAGCUCGCCCGUCAAGAUGGGGAGAACUCAGAAGACGAGUCUCGCCUGCUUCCCGGCCCUCAUGCCCACAAUCAUGCCCACCAACCUGGCGGCGAAUCCUCUGAAGAUGUGGAGAAAACGGAAGCCCAGAACAAGAAACUGCUCUUGCAAUGUCUACUGCUCGAAGCUGGAAUCCUCUUCCACUCCGUCUUCAUAGGUAUGGCGCUCUCGGUCGCCACUGGCACCGCCUUCAUCGUCUUCCUCAUAGCCAUCUCCUUCCACCAAACCUUCGAAGGCUUCGCACUCGGCUCCAGAAUCAGCGCCAUUCGCUUUCCAGCCGGAUCGCCGAAACCGUGGCUAAUGGCUCUAGCUUACGGAACCACCACACCCAUUGGCCAGGCAAUAGGUUUGGCUAUACACACCCUGUACGACCCAGCAAGUGAAGCUGGCUUACUAACCGUGGGAUUCAUGAACGCCAUAUCCAGUGGCUUGUUGCUAUUCGCUGGCUUGGUGGAGCUCCUUGCUGAAGAUUUCUUGAGCGACGAAAGCUACGUGACGUUACAGGGGAAGCGGCGACUACAGGCCUGUGCCAGUGUCGUAGCAGGGGCGUUGCUAAUGGCACUAGUCGGCGCAUGGGCAUAG